AUGAAUGAUCCUGCCCUGCAGCAACAGAGCCUUCAGAUCAACUUAAAGAAAUACCAGUUGGUCCUGUCCCUGACAUUUGCUGUUGAAGAGAUCAACAAGAAUCCCCAACUUUUACCCAACAUGACUCUGGGGUUUGAGAUCUAUAUUGCACAUUAUGUAGAAACUGAUGUGUUAGAGAAUCCACUUAUCUGGCUGUCUGGGAAGAAUAAAAACAACCCCAAUUACACCUGCAGAAGAGACAGCAAAGCUUUAGCAGUACUCACAGGAUCGUCAAGCACAUCUGUCCCAAUCAGAACAUUGCUGGACCUCUACAAACUUCCACAGUUCAUCUUUGGGUCUUUUGAUCCUCUCCUGGGUGACCAUAGACAGUUUGCUGCUAUCUAUCAGAUGGCUGCCAAGGACUCAUCUUUAGCCCUGGCCAUGGUCUCCUUGAUGGUUCAUUUCAGCUGGACCUGGGUGGGAGUGUUCAUCACCGAAGACGACUAUGGUGUGAGGUUUCUCUCAGAAUUGAGAGAGGAGAUGGGCAGGAAUGGAAUCUAUUUUGCCUUUGAGAACUCAAUCCAGGCCAAUGCAAUCUCUGAUUUCUCAAAUGAUUCAUCAGUGUAUCGCCAUAUUAUGGAAUCCUCAACCAAUGUGAUUAUCAUUUAUGGAGACAGUGAUUUUCUACUAAGCUUUAUUCUUAAAUUAGGGCAUUUUUUAAUUACAGGGAAAGCCUGGGUCAUGAACUCACCUUAUGAUGAUGUGACCAUCAGUAAAACCUAUUUCCUGAUAGAUUCCUUCCAUGCACCUCUCAUCUUCUCUCACCAUAGAAACAAUUCUGGGUUCACCAGUUUUAUCCCAAGAGCUAACUUUUCCAAGAACUCAGAAGAUAUUUCUUUUGCUAGGUUAUGGAUUCAGUCUAUUCCUUGCAUACUGAUAAAAUCUGACUAUACAAAAUUGGGGCAAUGUUCAUACAAUGCCACACUGGACUGGUUGCUGGGGCACAUUUUUGACAUGUCCUUGUCAGAAGAGAGUUACAAUAUCUACAACGCCAUUUAUGCUGUGUCCCAUGCCCUCCAUGAGAUGCUUCUUCAUCAAACAGAAGAGCCACCAGCACACAAUGAGCAACCAAAGGCAAUUCUGUCUUCACAGCUAAAUCUCUUCUUGAAGAAGAUCCAAUUUACCAAUCCUGCCGAAGAACAAGUGGUUUUGAAUGAGCAAAAGAAAUUGGAAGCAGAAUAUGACAUUGUGACCUUUUGGAAUUUUCCAGAAGGUCUUGGACAAAGGGUGAAUGUUGGCAAGUUUACUCCAUCUAGGCCACAAGGUCAACAACUGAUUUUGUUUGAGAAUCUGAUAGAGUGGCCCAUAGACUAUAUCAAGAAUCCUCAGUCUCUCUGCACUGAGAGAUGUGGUCCUGGAUUCAGGAAGGCCCCUCAGGAGACAAAUGCAAUCUGCUGUUUUGACUGCACCCCUUGCCCAGAGAAUGAGAUUUCUAAUGCCACAGACAUGAACCAAUGUGUGAAGUGUCCGGAUCAUCACUUUGCCAACACCAAAAGAAACUGCUGCCUGAUGAAAGCUGAAAGCUUCCUGACUUAUGAAGAACCCUUGGGCAUAGGUCUGGCCUGCAUGGCUCUCUGCUUCUUUGCACUCAUCUGUGCUGUUCUUGGAGUCUUUGUCAAGCACCAAGACACCCCCAUUGUCAAAGCCAAUAACCGGGACCUUAGCUACCUCCUGCUCAUCUCCUUCACCUGCUGCUUCCUCUGCUCCUUGCUCUUCCUUGGCCGUCCCCACCCAGCCUUGUGCAUCCUACAACACACCACAUUUGCAGUGGUCUUCACUGUGGCUGUCUCCACGGUCCUGGCCAAGACCAUCACUGUGGUUCUGGCCUUCAUGCUCACUUCUCCAGGGAGAAGCACAAGGCAGUGGCUGGUGUCCCAGGUUCCUAACCUCAUUAUCCCGAUCUGCACCCUCAUCCAGGUGACUCUCUGUGGCCUGUGGCUGGGAAUCUCUCCUCCCUUUGUGGACACAGAUGCACACUCUGAACAUGGCCACAUCAUCAUCCUGUGCAACAUGGGCUCUCUCAUCACCUUUUACUGUGUCCUGGGAUACCUGGGCUUCCUGGCCCUGGCCAGCUUCGUGGUGGCUUUUCUGGUCAGGAACCUGCCUGACACCUUUAACGAGGCCAAGUUCCUGACCUUCAGCAUGCUGGUGUUCUUCAGUGUGUGGCUCAGCUUCCUGCCUGUCUACCACAGUGCAAAGGGGAAGGUCAUGGUGGCCGUGGAGGUCUUCUCCAUCUUGGUCUCCAGUGCAGGCCUCCUGGGCUGCAUCUUUGUCCCCAAGUGCUACAUCAUCUUGAUGAGACCUGAGAGAAAUACUUUGCAGAGAUUCGGGAAGAGAUCACAAUCUGGAAGAAAUGAACCUUAA